AUGGAGAUCGAUUUAUUGCGAGCCACUGCCGCUGACCUCCACGACCUUCUCAACUCGGGACAACUUACCAGCCUUGAGCUUGUGCAGCAGUGUCAUCGUCAGAUACUUCGUCAUAACGACAGGUUGAAAGCUUUGAUCACCAUAACCCCGUCAGAGUAUCUAGAAGAUGUGGCAACGAAAAUGGAUCAGGAGAGACAGAGAGGCUGUAUUCGUAGUCCUUUGCAUGGAAUUCCAUUUGUUGUGAAGAACGCGUUCAACACAACUGAAGACAUGAAACUGCAAACUACAAAUGGUGGUUGGGCAUUCGAAGACUGCCGUCCUCCUCACACGGCCAAGGUUAUUACGCAAGCCAUUGACGCUGGAAUGAUCCUCAUGGGGAAGGCAAAUUUAUCACAAUUCGGUAAUUGGAAAGCCUCGAAUAUGCCAGGCGGUUGGUCUGCUCGAGGUGGUCAGACUCAGUCAGCGUAUGUGCGAGGUGGCGUUAUCGACGACGGCAUCUACGGCCACUCUAAUCCAUCCGGAUCAUCCACAGGCUCCGCAGUGGCAGUGAGCGCAGGGUUUGCACCAGUAUCCAUAGGCUCAGACUUCAACGGUUCCUUGACGAAUCCAGCCAUACGGGCUUCUCUCUACACUAUCCGCGUGACUCCCGGCAUAGUCUCUGAAGCUGGUGGGUUCCCCUUUUCCGUAGACCGUGACAGUGUUGACCCAAUGGCGAAUGGUGUUGAAGAUUUGGUGAACUUCUUGAAUAUCAUUGCAGAUAAAUCACACCCACGAGUUCCGAGUCAAGGAUAUGGAACUGAAAAACGGCUAGGCUGGGGUGAUUUAACAAUUGCCACGCUUGAUCCUCGCAAAUGGUAUUUAUCCGAACAGGUGCAGAAGCCUCAGCCAGGAGCCCUCGAUCAGAUUAUCCGAGAAACUUUAGAAGCAUAUGAAAAGCUGAAAAGUCUUGCACAUCGGGUCAUUGGCCCAGUAGAGCUCAUGACGGAUGAUGUACUAUCCGCUACAAAUGAGGAUAUGAUGAAAAUAAUAAUUUCGUCGCUGUCUGAGCUCAUUGCUUUCAAUCAACAACAUCGGGACAUUGAACUGCCUGCCGCAGAGUACCCUCACCAAGACAAACUCGAACAAAGCGUGGAGUUUUGCAAUUCACUUUCCAAAGAGGGGUAUGCUCGACUCGACCGCGCAGUGACGGCGGCAGGGCUAGAGAACAGCAUUGAUAAGGUGCUGAGAGAAAAUCACGCCGAUCUUAUCAUCGCACCUGCGGAUAGCUUUGUGCCAGACGUGACUGCGUUUGCUAAGUAUCCAUCUGUGACACUCCCGCUGGGCUACCUUGACUGGAACGGUGACCAUUUGGACUGCUAG